AUGUCUACAGAUAAUGCUGAUGGUGGUAACCGUUUUAUUGGGCGCACCAAGCAGGUAGAGGAUCCUCUUGUGAAGAGUCUGAGAAUCAAAGUGAACACUCUUAAGCGUAAUUUGAAAGAUUUUGAGUUUGCUAAGAAGGAGGUCAUUCGUGAAACGAGUCGUCUGGAAUCCAUUAAGGAAAACAAUCCGGAACGUGUGAAACAACAGGAAGGUGUUCUUGGCGAGGCACAGAUGAUGGUUCCCCAUUCGGAGAACAGGGUGAGAACUGCUCUGAAAGAUCUUAAAGAAUUUUUAAAUGAGGAAGAUUUGGGUAGCAGGGAUGGCGAGCUGCUACGGAGCGCACAUGAAUCAGUGGAAGAGGGGGAACGUGUAUUAUCUUAA